UAUAUCCACCUUUUCACUGGGUUGGCCUUCUGAGAAGCGCCUGCCUUUUCCAGGAGCCAGGCCCUGCGGCUGAAGGCACAGGGCAAUCUGGCAGUGCAGGCAUGCGGGAGGUUAGAGUGCCUCCACUCUGGGGAGCCGCGCCGCGGGUCAUUCCCCGAGCUCUAGAAAGCAGCAGGAGCUGCGGCAGCACCUGCAGCUGCUCCACCGCCACAUCGGUGGCUUCGGAGCCAAAGAGAGAGCCCGAAAAGGCGGCGCCGCGCCGAAGUGGAUUUCACACCCUCGAUGUGUCAGAGGAAGAGGAGGGUGCUGUUCUUGCUGCGAUGACGGCAAACAGCAGCGCCCUCAAAGCAGAAGGAAGGCGAUCGUUGAUUAGGCGCCCUGUGCUGGGACAAAAGGCCUCAACUAGCCUGGAGGCAACCCUCCAGGAGUUGAAGCGAGAAAAUGAGCAACUGUCGCGCUCGCUUCAAGAGCGGACAGCGCAGCAAAAGGAGCUUGAGAGAAAUGUGCGGAUGCAGGGCAUCAUUUUCCAGACUCGGCAGGAAUUGGUCGCAAUGAGGCAAGCCGCUGUCACGGCCCAAGCUCAGGCCUCGCUAGAGAGUUCGCCAGCGCUUUCAGAGAUACUGAGCGGCAGCUCGCAGGCAUCCCGCAAAUCGAGCAGGGAGCCCUCCGCCAGCACGACUGCCAUCGACACAAAGGGCUUUGCAGAGGCCUGCUCAAGCAGAAGCUGUGUCUCACAGCCAAAUCUGCUUCAUGGAGUGGAAGCUGCUGAGGAAGGUGAUGACAACAUCAGCUGGAUCACCCCGUGCCUGGCAGAUGAGGAGAGGUCAAGGCCGAACUCCGCAGGAUCGGAACUGAGCUUCCGCCUCAGCAGCGAGGCAGACUUCCGCCAGACGCUCCGCGAAUCAAGCUCAACUUUCUCCGCAGGGGCGGGUUCGGAGGCUUUGGAGCCGAUCCAGGAGACUGCUCGAAUGCAGACAUGGGCAGCAGGUACAAUUGAAGAUGCUAGAGCAGUCACGCCUGAGGCUGAUCCCGCAGAGCCCGAGGAGGCCGAAGAGAAUGAGGAGGAGGAGGCUAAGGAGGCAGCGUUGCAGCUGGCCGAGGCUGAUGCCGCAGAGGCUGACGAGGCUGAGGAGGCAUCCGCCGCAGCUUCGCAGCUUGCGGCUGAUGCCAGAGAGGAUGCUGAGGAGACCGAUGAGGCAGCCACCUGUGCAGCUUCGCAGCUUGCGGGGGCUGCUGCCGCAGAGGCUGACGAGGCCGAGGAGGCAUCCGCCGCAGCUUCGCAGCUUGCAGAGGCUGAUGCCAGAGAGGCUGAGGAGACCGAGGAGGCUGAGGAGGCAGCCGCCAGUGCAGCUUCGCAGCUCGCGGAGGCUGAUGCCGCAGAGGUUGAUGAGGCUGAGGAGGCAUCCGCCGCAGCUUUGCAGCUUGCAGAGGCUGAUGCCAGAGAGGCUGAGGAGACCGAGGAGGCUGAGGAGGCAGCCGCCAGUGCAGCUUCGCAGCUCGCGGAGGCUGAUGCCGCAGAGGUUGAUGAGGCUGAGGAGGCUGAUGCCAGAGAGGCUGAGGAGACCGAGGAGGUUGAGGAGGCAGCCGCCUGUGCAGCUUCGCAGCUUGCGGAGGCUGAUGCCGCAGAGGUUGACGAGGCUGAGGAGGCAGACGGCUCCGAGUCGUCCGGGUCUUCGUCGGAGACAUCCGAAUCUGAAUCUGAUUCAGAGGACUCAGAGUCGGAAGCCUCCGAAGCUUCAGAUUCCAAGGUGGGCAUCUCAUGCGCCUCCCCGGCCACAGAUGCCGGCGAGGACGAAGGCGACGUCUCGUGCAGGCAGGAGGAGGAAGACCAGGAGGAAGGUUUCGCAUCACCAGCGUCUGCAAGCCAGGCGACUGAGGAGUCUUCCUUUGAGCGCUCGGAGCUGUCUGCCACUGCGCUUUGGCGGAACCGGAUUCUGGGACGCGCGGCUGCCCUGCCGCAACUGGAGAAGGUCGCGAUUCACAGUCCCGCCAGGACACGGCAGCCGCAGCCAAGCGUGCCUCAGUAUGCAGCUCGUCCAAGCCCAGCAUUCAAGCCCAAAGCAUCUAGCAGGAUGCUGGAGCUGUCUGGCACCGAUGCGCUGGUGUCCUUGCGCUUCAGUGCCAAGGAGUUGGCCAGAGAGAAGCUAAAGAUGUUGCAGCAGCAUCGCGAAGCUCAGAUGCAGUCGAUUGAGGCAUGCAGCUCCCUGCCUCACCUGCGUGAGGACGGCGCGAGAGCUGGGCAGCUGGGAUUGAAGCAGGCUCGCAACGACAAGGUCAAGCUGAAGGCGAUGGCCAAGUCCCAGAGUCUGCCAUCGAUCUCGCGCGGAUGUUCGCUCACAGCUCAUGCGCAGAGACAAGCAGCACAGGCCAAUCUCCAUGGCCUGCCCCGGGCAGUUGACAUGAGAUGAGUGAGAGAGAGCCUUGGCAGAGUUCGUUUCACACGGCACAUGCUUGCAGAGCAUUGCGCACGUUGC